CUGUACAUUCUUCUAAACUUUUUUCUUUUCCCUUUCUUAGUUUGUUCAAGCCAAAAGGUACCUACAAAGAUGGAAGUAAAGAACAAGUAUGUUACAAUCAAAGCUAACAUAAAUGGUGCACCAAAAGAGUCCGACUUUGAGAUAAAAGUCGAAAACGUUUCACUUAUCGUUGAGUCAGAGUCUAAGGAUGUUGUUGUCAAGAACCUAUUUGUAUCAAUUGAUCCGUAUCAGAUAAACCGGAUGAAGAGCCAAAGUUCGUCACAAGGAGCGAUAAAUUAUGCAACUGCUAUUACUCCUGGAGAGUGCAUUGACACUUAUGGUGUAGGAAGAGUGUUAGUUUCUCAUCGACCUGAAUUCAAGAAAGGUGACUUGGUAGCAGGGCUACUUACCUGGGGAGAGUACAGUAUAGUAAAGGAAGGUUCAUUGUUGAAUAAGUUGGAUCCUAAUCUGGGAUUUCCGUUGUCUUACCAUGUCGGAAUUUUUGGAUUCAGUGGAAUUACUGCCUAUGCUGGAUUCCUCGAAGUGUGUAAGCCGAAGCCAGGGGAGAAAGUUUUCGUGUCUGCUGCUUCAGGUUCAAUAGGACAUUUAGUAGGACAGUAUGCUAAAUUACUUGGAUGUUAUGUUGUUGGCUCUGCUGGUAGUCAAGAAAAGGUAAGUUUACUCAAGGAGAAACUUGGAUUCGACGAUGCAUUCAAUUAUAAACAAGAAACUGACCUUAAAUCGGCUCUCAAAAGGUGUUUCCCUCAAGGAAUUGAUGUCUACUUUGACAAUGUGGGAGGCAGGAUGCUAGAAGCAGCAGUGGCAAACAUGAACUCAUUCGGUAGAGUGGCUAUCUGUGGGGUUAUUUCUGAGUACACGAAUGCUAGCACACGAGCUGCUCCAGAGAUGUUGGAUAUAGUCUACAAGAGGAUUACCAUUCAAGGAUUCCUAGCAGCUGAUCUCAUGAAUGUGUAUGCAGAUUUCCUGUCGAAAACAGUGGAGUACCUUCAAGCUGGAAAACUUAAGGUCAUUGAAGAUGUCUCACAAGAUGUUGAAAGCAUUCCCGCUGCUUUUAUUGGACUGUUCAAUGGCGAUAAUAUAGGCAAAAAGAUUGUCAAAGUUGCAGAUGAGUGAAAAAAAAAUAAAGAUUCAUGAUUGUUGGUCAAUUUAUUCAUGAAUUAGGAGUCAAGAACUUACUUCCGUUAUAUUAGCGAACAAUAUCUUGUCUGUGCUUCUUUCAAGUUGUCCAUUUGAAAAUUCAUCUUCUGCAUCAAACUAAUUUGAUCUUUGC